CACGCGACGCUAGUGAGUGACGCCGUGCCAGUGACUUUGAGUUUUGACAGUUGUUAUCGUGAUCGUGCCAUGUUUUCGUAUCGGAACUAUGGUGUAUCCCAAUGAAAAUGUGGAGUGAUUUCCAGGGCUCGGGCGGCGGGUGCGGCGCCAAGCGGCGCGCCGGCUCCCCGUGCGAGGGCGGCGGCAAGGUCGCGCGCUGGGAGGAUUCGAUCGCGCGGCUGGAGGCCGUGGCCGCCGGCGCGGGCGGCGGCGAGUGCUGGCGCGAGGACGAGGAGCGGCGCGCGUGCCGGCGGCGCUGGUGCGGUGGCUGGUGCGGCGCGCACGACACCAUCCGCGCCGAGAACGGCAAGUCGUACCUGGAGUUGGGCGGCGCGGCGGCGCGCGCCUGCUGCGACGGCCGCGCGGCCGGCCGCUGCGCAUCGCGCCGCUGCUACCGCGAGCGGCGCCUGAAGAUGAUGAACCUGUGCGCGCUGAAGCUGGCGCGCUUCCGGCAGACGGCCGACCCGUCACUGCGCCGCUCCGUGCUGGUGUGCAACACGCUGCGCGGCAUCGAGCGCGAAAUGGAGCGCGAGAGCGCGGAGGAGCCGCCUGCGCCAGAGGCUGCGUGCGCGUCGGCGGCGCGCUGCGAGGCGCUGGCGCGCGACCCCGCGGCCGGCCGCGCCACGCCCUUCCCCGCGCCGCCGCCAGACCGCGACUCGGGCUACGGCGACGAGGAGCCGCGCGCCAUCGACUGGGGCUCGGUGCUGAGCCUGUCGUCGCGGUCGGCGCUCGACCCCCCCGAGGACGCAUGGCCCGACGACUGGGGCUGGAGCGAGGACAGCUUCGUGCGCCUGCUGGUGCCCACGAGUUAGUGGUUGCCGCGCGGGCAGGACGCGCCCGCGCCGCACUGAG